CAAUGGGGCCACCUUGGAUUUGUGAAUCGGAUCAAUCACCCCGCAGUGCAACGAGGGAUUCGGGCAUCAACGACACAACUUGUCCAUCGUCUUCAGAAACUCAUACACAUAAGGUACCUCGGUAUGGCAAAUCGGUGCGCCCGCUGCGCAAGUCUCACGAUCGAGGCCCUGAUUGAGCUUGCUCAGAUUCAGUUUGAAGCUCACGAUUUCCCAACACAAGCAUUCUACCAACACCAUGAAUCGUUUGACGUACUGGAAAAGGCCGCACUCGAUGGCUGCGAUUUAUGUCAGCUCUUUCUUGGCUGCUUCAUACGUACGCCCAGUAAUACACCCGAGCCCAUGGAAUGGCCGAACGGUUGGGACAACAGCCUUUACCCGCUCGAGGGGGUCCAGCAGCAAACAAUGUACACAAUCGCUAAGCGCCUACAGUCUUCGGGGAUCAAGCUUUCCAUAAACGCCACGCACUUUUAUGGCAGGCAACCUAUCGAAAAGGUUCAAGUAUUUGAUGAAAUCAUGGUGCAAGUUGGUCCUCCUUUUGCGGAUGAUGAUGAUGGGUACGGCAUUUGGGGCUGUCCAGUCCUCAAAUUGACUUUGAGCGCAUCUGAGGAUAUUGCACCGCGUGUCGCCGGUUUCCGAAUAGGUCGUUAUGAAACUGAUGAAAACCUUGGAUCUCAUCGUAACCAUAUGCUCGCAAGGCAGUGGUUAUCGGACUGUCGUAACUCGCACAACUGCCUCUCGAGCCAGAAACACGAGCUGCCUACUAGAGUAAUUGACGUAGGAGAGACUUUGGACUCUGAAUUUGUCCGCCUGACUCUGACCGAAGGCGCAAAAGACCGCUACGUCGCUCUGAGUCACUGCUGGGGCGGUGCUAUCUCUCCUUCCUUGACGGCUGGGACAUUGGAACCUUUUCAGGAUUCCAUCACCAUCACGACAUUGCCCCCCAACUUUCAAGAUGCCAUCACAAUAACACGCAAUCUGGGUUUUCGUUUCUUGUGGAUAGACUGUCUUUGCAUUCAGCAGGACUCAAAGUCGGACUGGGAGAACGAAUCCAAAAGAAUGGGGUUGGUUUACCGCAACUCAACUAUCACAAUUUCUGCCAUGGUAUCAGCGGGGAGCAAAGAUGGUAUCCUUACAUCAUGCCAGACUCAUUCUCAGAGUAGAGAAAGCGUCACUAUCAAAGUUUCAAAUAGUCAAGACGGCCAUUCGGUUACCAUUCGGCGGAAAGAUCCAAACGAGGAGGACCUCCGUGGUCUCGAAAGAAAUAGUGCUUUGCAGACGCGGAGCUGGACCCUUCAGGAGUACAUGCUGUCGCCGAGACACAUCUUCUACGGCCAAAAUAUGAUUUACUGGAAGUGUCCACAGCACUUCAUUUCACCCGAUGGCCUCCCCCUGGGUAACAAAUCGCCCCAAUUUGCCUAUAAAGAUUUGACGCAGGUUCUUCACUCCAAAGUUCUCGCCUCUUCGCCAAAGGAACCCAUAGACGCAAAUGUUGUUCUGUGUGAAUACUACGAACUUGUCAACGCCUAUAGUCAAAGAAAGCUCACGUACGGUUCCGACAAGUUGCCAGCUUUCUCGGGUAUUGCACAACGUCUGCAUCCAGUCAUCGGGGGGGACUAUCUCGCCGGUCUAUGGACUUCAGAUUUUAGACGCGGGCUCCUGUGGAUCCCCGAAGGAAACUUCUGCCGCCACGAGAUUGAAAACUACCGCGCCCCUUCGUGGUCAUGGGCUGUGACUGACGACCUGGUACUUUUCGAGGAAUCGACGAUACUAGGCCCGGGCCCUUCGAGUGCCCAAUUACUGGAGUUCACUAUUCAGCCAAGAGUUCCCGAUAACCCAUACGGUGAGAUUUUAUGCGCAAAUCUCGUCCUCAAAGCUUUAACCAUGCCGCUGGUUCGCAGUCGCCAGAUUGUCAGCACAUAUCACGACACUGCGGCCAUAGGAAUCGCCAAGUUCGAUGAGCCGGCAGGGGCUGAAGACGCGACCAAGAUGGGAUAUCCAAGCCUCUUCCGAGUCAAAACAGAUGCUAAAGACUACGUAGUGUCGAUCAUCACUCGACCGGGGGACGAGACGGAUUGGGAGCUGGACACGACUCUUUACCGCGAUGAUAGGUACUCGUUAAUGCUGGUUCACACAGAUGAUGUCUCCGAAGAGGAUCCAGACUGUUCAAACUCUGCCGCACUCUGUCUGGUCAUUUGGCAAACCACCGAUCGGUCCGAGGAAACGUAUGAAAGAGUCGGAUUCGCUCGGAUACAGACGCCCAGGUUGUCUUGGCUCAAGACCUGGGAGUGGCAGAUCUUGACGCUGGUUUGA